CAAGUAGGGACAUCACCUUUCGGCUGGAGAUUAAGAUUUUAGUUCAUUUCCAUUUUCAAAGAAGAUAUCAGUUCUCACUUGUACAGCUCAACAAAAGGAGACAAUCACAUCCCAAUCAAGAAAAGAACAAAUGAUCAUGAUGCCGCCACCAUGCAGAAAGAAUGAGAACAAUCAGUCCAGAUAAAUUCGCUUUUUAUAUAAUAUACAAGGACGGGUUAGUUUGAAGAAAUAUAACAAUACACACAUUUAGACGUCAAUGAACAAGCUAUUUCAAAUGGGAGGAAUGUACAAGAGAUUGAAGGCGCAUCUUCUCAUGACUCUCGCCCAGAUAGGCUAUACAUUGCUCUACUUCAUCACUGAAGCUUCCUUCAACCGAGGAAUGAAUCCUCAUGUCUACAUAACAUAUCGGCAUGUUGUUGGUGGCUUUGUUAUGUUGCCUUUCGCUUAUUUUCUUGAAAGAAGAAUGAGGCCAAAGUUGACAUGGGCUUUGUUUUGGGAGAUUUUUGUUCUUUCCCUUCUUGGGGUGAGUCUAACGCUGAAUAUGUACUUUGCCAGCUUGAAAUAUACAUCACCUGCAUUUGUUUCUUCUAUGGUUAACACCAUUGCUUCUUUGACAUUUGUUAUCGCUGUUCUCCUAAGAUUGGAAAAACUCGAUUUUAAGAGCCCUCGGGGGAUAGCGAAGAUUGUAGGGACUUUAGUUUCCCUAGCCGGGGUAACAAUUAUGACACUGUAUAAAGGACCAGCAGUGAAGAACUUAUGGGAAGCACUAAUUCAUAUUCAAGGAAGUGUUGUCCAUGAAAGUUGGGUGAAAGGAUCAAUUCUUACCGUAGUGAGCUGCAUAACAUGGUCCAUAUGGUAUAUCAUGCAGGCUGUAACCUUAAAAAGAUAUCCAGCACAGCUAUCACUUACUACAUGGAUGAAUUUUGUUGGAGGGGCGCAAUCAGCUGUUUUCACAGUAUGUGUAGCACACAAACCAGCGGACUGGGCUCUUAGGCUUGACAUAAACCUUUGGAGUAUUUUAUACGGCGGAGUAGUAUGUUCUGGUCUGAUAAUCUUCAUUCAGUUGUGGUGUACUAAGGAAAAAGGUCCUGUAUUCGUGACGAUGUUCAACCCUGUUGCGACAAUACUAGUCGCAGUUCUAGCUUACGUUAUUUUUGGUGAAAAAUUAUACACAGGAAGCAUAACGGGAGGAGUUAUAGUCAUUAUUGGCCUCUACUUGGUUCUGUGGGGAAAGGAAAAAGACCUAGAACCAGAUGGAAACUCCCAAAAACCUGCUCCUUUAGCUAAUGAUGAACAAAAAGAAGCAAGUAAUGAUUCAACCAUUUAUAUUGGAGGAAAGGUUUAGAACUUAAAGGGGCUCCUAGAAGUUGGUCACAGCUUAUAGUUGAGCACUUCAAAAUUUGUUUAUUAUGUGAAUGUUUAAGUUGAUCAAGUUCCAUGGACCCUUGAUCACUACGGUUCAUAUACGAUAUUGGGAAAAUUAAAA